AUGUCAAAGGAUAUCCAGAAACAGAACCAGGCAGAGGUCGGGGAAGGCGGCAGAGAAUCACAGGUGGUGUUUACACGUUAUGGGAAGUGUUACAUGUUUAACGCUGCCGAAGAGGGGAAAACUUUGAGGACUACGAUGAAAGGAGGCACAGGCAACGGCCUGGAGAUCAUGCUGGACAUCCAGCAAGAUGAAUACCUGCCUGUUUGGGGAGAAACAGAAGAAACAGCAUUUGAGGCAGGAGUAAGGGUGCAGAUCCACAGUCAGGCGGAGCCUCCCUUUGUACAUGAGCUGGGCUUUGGAGUCGCCCCAGGCUUUCAGACCUUCGUGGCUACCCAGGAGCAAAGACUGACUUACCUUCCUCCUCCGUGGGGUGAGUGUGUGACCAGAGCCCUGGAUUCAGGCCUCUUUCAGGUGUACAGUGUGUCUGCCUGCCGUAUUGAGUGUGAGACGCGCUACAUCGUGGAAAACUGCAACUGCAGGAUGGUCUACAUGCCUGGUGAUUCUCCAUACUGCACUCCUGAACAGUACAAGGACUGUGCUGAACCUGCUCUGGCUGCUCUGUCAGCUGUUGAAGGCACAAACUGCAUCUGCAGGAGCCCCUGUAACAUGACUCGAUACAACAAAGAGCUUUCCAUGGUCAAGAUCCCCAGUAAAACCUCUGCACGCUACCUGGAGAAGAAGUUCAACCGCUCGGAGAAGUACAUAACGGACAAUAUCCUUGUCCUGGACGUGUUCUUUGAGGCUCUGAAUUAUGAGACCAUAGAGCAGAAGAAAGCGUACGAGGUGGCAGGUCUGCUAGGUGAUAUUGGUGGUCAGAUGGGCUUGUUUAUCGGUGCAAGUAUCCUGACCAUACUGGAGCUGUUUGAUUAUGCAUAUGAGGUAUGUUAACAACUAACCACAGGG